AACUCUCUCUCUCUUUCUCUCUAUCCCUUCCGUUUACCCGGUCAUCCGGUCACCUCCAUCCCCUUAUAUCAUCCUCUUCGCUCAUCUUCAUCUUUCCCACUUAGCCUUUCAAUUUUUCAGAAUUUCACUUCCUCAUUCGGCUGCUUUCUAUGGUUUAGAGAGCUUUGUUCGUCUUCAAUCACUGAAAAACCCCCUUUAAAAGAAAAAGAAAAGAAAAGCUUUUUCUUUCUCAGAAAAAUCUUCAGAAGAAGAAAAGAUGGCGGUGGAGCUCAUGUUCUUCACAAAAAUGGACGACCAGAAAGCUAUACAGGAAGCUGCCUCGCAAGGCUUGAAGGGCAUGGAGAAUCUGAUCCGUCUCUUAUCUCACCAGCAACAGACUAAACACCACUUAAACCGUAUGGAUUGCACUGACCUCACGGACGUAACCGUUUCCAAGUUCAAAAAAGUCAUUUCCCUUUUGAACCGCACUGGUCAUGCCCGGUUCAGGCGCGGACCGGUUCACACCUCUUCGUCUUCUUCGCCUCCGUCUUCUUCUUCUUCCGGUGCUUCUCUCUCUCUUCCUCAUCAACCUCAGCACCUCAAUUUGUCCUCGUCAAAUGUGCCUCCUCCGGCAUCCAUUAUUUCUCCGGCGACCGCACAGCCGGCUCAUCACAUCAUUACUCCGGCGGCGAGUUUUGUUCAGACAACUCAGCCUCAGAGUAUGACUCUUGAUUUCACAAAACCUAAUAUUUUCAGCUCCUCCAAUCAUAAGACCACGGAGCUUGAGUUCGCCAAGGAAAGCUUUAGCGUGUCGUCGAGCUCGUCGUUCAUGUCCUCGGCUAUUACUGGAGACGGCAGCGUCUCGAACGGAAAGCAAGGGUCUAUAUUCUUGACGCCGGCGGCACCGACUGUUUCCGGCGGGAAACCACCGCUCUCCGCGGCGCCGUUUAAGAAAAGGUGUCACGAACACGACCACUCCGACGAUGCCUCGGCCAAGUUCUCUGGAUCCGGGUCUGGAUCCGGAUCCGGAUCCGGCAAGUGCCAUUGUUCCAAGAGAAGGAAAAAUCGGGUGAAGAAAACAAUUCGAGUUCCGGCGAUCAGUUCGAAAAUCGCCGAUAUUCCACCGGACGAGUACUCAUGGAGGAAGUACGGUCAAAAGCCGAUCAAAGGCUCACCGUAUCCAAGGGGUUACUAUAAGUGCAGCACAAUGAGAGGUUGUCCGGCUAGAAAACAUGUGGAGAGAGCACCAGAUGAUCCGGCGAUGCUGAUCGUAACGUACGAAGGGGAGCACCAUCACUUACAAAGCACCGCGUUGCAGGAGAACGUGGCCCAUGGUGGGGUUGGGUUGGUAUUCGAGUCAACGAGAGGAAAAGAAUAAAAACCAAAAAUAUCAGAGAAAAAGAUGUAGACUUUUGUCAAAAUCGAAGUAGUUGGUGGGAAAGGGGAAGGGAAAGUGGUCGAUGGUGGAAUGAAUGUACAUUUUUUUUAAUUUAUUUUUAUUAGAUUUUAAAAAAAUUUUGUAUUUUACAUAUAUAAUAUAAAAAAUGUGUUUCAUAUAUAUAUAUAAAGUAUGCAGAAUCUGAAAAAUUACCAA